UGUUUGUGUGUUCUGUGUGUUUAUGGAGUGCUCAGUUUAGUUUUGCAAUACUUGGUUUGUUUCAGUCCUGACAAAUUGUUUAUGUUUCGUUAGUCCAGUGAUGAGGACCUUCUUGGCCAUUGGCCUGACAGGGCUGCAUCAAACUCCUAGCUGUAUGUUCUCAUCUUUAAAUCUUUCAAUUAUCAUAUGAUUGGAAUUGUUUCUUUGCCAGCACUUUGCAUUUCUACCCAGACUGUGAAAGUAUCCAUUUUGCAUUUCCAGCAGCACCUUGGUCUGUGAUGGGUGCGUGGCUGGUUGUGUAGGAGGUUUGCAUCCUCUCUCAUUUCCCAGGAAUUUCUUGGUCACUUGACUGACCAGGCUGCAGCUGUUCCCUGUCAGAAGAUCAACUCAAAAUGGAUACCUCUGAAUCUUUCACAUGUGCUCCCAACCCUGAGAACAGGAAGCCUGACAAAUAGGAAAAUACUUCAAAGUGAAGAGAAAAUUCACUUCACAAGAACUCUGCUUUCAUUGGCUUUUAAAUGUUGUUUAACAACUGGUUAGUUUCAGAUCAUGUCUGUAGUCUCCUGUGGUGAAAUUACUAGGUUAAAGCUGGAAAAAAUGAAACAAUUAAAAAGAAAAAGAAAAAGCAAUUUUAGCGUUCAGGAAACUCAAACUCUCCUUAAGGAAAUCAGAAAAAGGAGAGAAGUACUCUUUUCAAAGCAACUUAAUACAACAAUUAAUGAGAUGAAAAGGAAAGCUUGGGAGGAAAUAGCAGAGUGUGUAAAUGCUGUAGGUGAAGGAGAGCAAAGAACAGGGACAGAAGUGAAAAGGCGAUACCUUGACUGGCGAGCACUCAUGAAGAGAAAACGUCUGAAUGCAAACAUCAAAGUAGUAGGUGCUGGCUUUCACCUUCCUUCAUCCAAUUUAGAUGACUCUCUCAAUGAAGACAUGGAUGAGAAAAUGGGAUUUGCAAUUGAAUCUAGUUUUGAAUGGCAGAAUAUCACUGACUUCAGAGAAGCCGGUGGAUCUUUAACAGAAAUCAAAGUAGAAGAGGAGGAUCCACAGAAUUUUGAAUUUCCUAUUGAGGAAGAAGAAGAAAUUUUAUCAUCAGUUCUGCCAGAUUCCAGAAAGGAAAACGACCUACCAGACUUCCCCCACAUCGAAGAGUUUGGAAAUCUGAGCUCUGUUCAAGCUAGGCUAGCCUAUGAAGAUUCCCACUUGCUUAUAAAUCUGGAGAAGCAGAAGGUGGAGCUGGAGAAGCAGCGACUGGACAUUGAAGCCGAAAGGCUGCAAGUGGAGAAGGAGCGCCUGCAAAUCGAAAAAGAGCGGUUGCGACACGUUGACUUGGAGCGUGAGAGACUUCAGAUUGAGAAAGAGCGACUUCAGAUCGAAUGGGAGAAGCUCAGGCUAGAGACCCUGCAUGCUGAAAAGCCUGCCCUGGAAAAUGACCUCGCCCAGACAGAAAAACCCAUCGUGCAACCUCUGGAUCUAGAAACUGAAAAGUUAAAACUUGAAAAAGAACGUUUGCAGUUAGAGAGGCUGCAGUUCCUAAAGUUUGAGUCAGAGAAGCUUCAGAUUGAGAAAGAACGCUUGCAAGUGGAGAAGGAGCGCCUUCGAAUUCAGAGAGAGGGUCACUUGCAGUGAACUUUUCGACUGAAGUAUCAAUGUUAGUGUUUUGAUGUUUGUAAAAUAGAGGUAGUUCUCUUCUUAACACUGAAACUCUCCUGGAGGCUUAACGUUCUUCUGUUCAGAGUUGAAUGCUGAUGUUAAACUGAAAAAAAAAAAGACAAUAGAAUGGUGCUCAGUCUGUCAGUGUGCCUACAUAAAUGAGCUUAUGUGUGAAAUUGCUUUUCAGUGUAUCAGAACUAAGUGUUAUGUUCUAUUGUCUUCAGUAUCAUGUUGUAUUAGUUUGUUGUCCUCCCCUGUACUAACAGUAAUGAAGGAUCAGAAUAAAUGGCCAUAUGUUGUGAGGGCCUGGUGCUGAUGAUAGCCCACACAGUAAGUAUAAGUUAGACAGAACACAGUAACACGGAAUCAUGAUGUGAUUGAUUCAUUAAACUUUAUUUCCCCUUUUUGUGUUUUUUCCACCCCUACAAUUGGAAAGAGUUCAAGAAUUAUUUAAAAGUGAAAGUACUGCAGUUGUGUGUACUUUUGUUCCAUGGCUUGAAUGGGAGAGCAGAAAAUAGUAUUGUUCCUUUUGUAUGAAGUAUUCCUACCAGAUAAAGGUACACAUCACCCGUACCUGCCGUAAGCUGGACUGUUGGUUGUACCAGGUCAUUAUGGAAUAACAUAGCACCUGUCUUAGUAUAGCAUAGGGAUGCACUGAUUGAUGGGGCAUGCUGCCUGAUGAGUCUGUGAUGACCCCCUGAAGUAAAUUCCUUGACCUGGUUUGUUCCUCGAAAGACAGCAGGUGGUGGUGGGUGUCUGGGGAACGGAGCUGCAGAGGCUCAGGGCAGGCUGAGGAGCACUGAGCCUGAACACGAGCGUUCUUCAUGUUACUUCUGCCUGGCCAGCACUGAGGUCGUGUCCAUGAGGCAGCCAGAAGAGGCCUCUGUGGCUGACACCAUACAGUAUGUUUUAAUUAGAUAAACAGAAAUGGUCAGUGCUGAAGGCUGUCAGUAUUUUUCAUAAGCAAUGUAUUCAUUUAAAUAAUAAACCACAUCAAGGGAGCUUUCUAUUAUUUCAUAUAUGUUUACAUCCCAACUGAGCCAGACUUUACGUUUUUCUUCUUUCUGCAAGUAACUAUCUUUUGCUGACUCCAUUUGAAACUUAGGACUAUGAAAAUACUAGAUCUGAAUAUAUGUUGAGUGACUUACAUGUAUUCUUGUGCAAGUAAAUAUAUUUAUACCACUA